AUGGAGCUCAACAAGGCUUCAGCAAACUCGACCCUGAGCGACACACCUGGGCAGGUCCCAAAUGAUGGAACUGGCAUCAUCCAGAUGGAUGGCUACCUUGAGCCCUUCAAGGACGCGCUCAAGAGCCGCUUUUCCAAAGCGCAGAAGUGGAUCCAGACCAUUGAAGAGACCGAGGGCGGCUUGGAGAACGCUCAGGGUUACGAGAAGUUCGGCUUCAAUGUCCAGCCCAAUGGCGACGUAGUGUACCGCGAAUGGGCCCCGAAUGCCCUACGCGCCUACCUCAUCGGUGACUUCAACGACUGGAACCGCGAUGCGACGCCCAUGACCAAGAAUGACUUUGGUGUCUUCGAGGUGACGGUGCCUGGCAAGAACGGUCAGCCUACUAUUCCCCACGACUCUAAGAUCAAGGUAUCAUUCGUCGUUCCCAACGACCAUGCGCGCCAGGAACGCCUCCCAGCCUGGAUCACCCGAGUGACCCAAGACCUCAACGUCUCCCCCGUAUACGAUGCCCGCUUCUGGAACCCUCCCCAGAAGUACGUCUGGAAGAACCAGCGGCCGCCCAAGCCCCAGAGCGCACGCAUCUACGAAGCCCACGUUGGCAUUUCCUCCCCCGAGCCCAAGGUAGCGACCUACAAGGAGUUCACCCGUAAUAUCCUACCUCGCAUCAAGCACCUGGGAUACAACACUAUACAGUUGAUGGCCGUUAUGGAGCAUGCGUACUACGCGAGUUUCGGAUAUCAGAUCAACAGCUUCUUCGCUGCAAGCAGCCGCUAUGGCUUCCCAGACGAUCUGAAGGAGCUUAUUGACACUGCGCACGGAAUGGGCAUUACCGUCUUGUUGGACAUGGUACACAGCCACGCAUCUAAGAACGUGCUUGACGGUCUCAACAUGUUCGACGGCAGCGACCAUUUGUACUUCCACGAGGGCGCCAAGGGACGACACGAGCUGUGGGACAGCCGACUGUUCAACUACGGUCACCACGAGGUUCUGCGCUUCUUGCUCAGCAACCUGCGCUUCUGGAUGGAGGAGUACCACUUCGACGGUUUCCGCUUCGACGGAGUCACCAGCAUGCUGUACACCCACCACGGCAUUGGAACGGGCUUCUCGGGCGGUUACCACGAAUACUUCGGUCCUUCGGUCGACGAGGAGGCAGUAGUCUACCUUAUGAUCGCUAACGAGCUACUGCACAAGCUCUACCCCGACUCCAUCACCAUCGCGGAAGACGUUUCCGGUAUGCCUGGUCUUUGCGUAGCACUCUCGUUAGGUGGAAUAGGGUUCGACUACAGAUUGGCCAUGGCUGUACCCGAUCUCUACAUCAAGUGGUUGAAGGAGAAGCAGGAUAUUGACUGGGACAUGGGUGCUCUUGUCUUCACUUUGACAAACCGAAGGCACGGCGAGAAGACCAUUGCCUAUGCAGAGAGCCAUGACCAAGCGUUGGUUGGAGACAAGACUCUGCUCUUCUGGCUUUGCGACGCGCAAAUGUACACCAACAUGUCGGUUCUUUCGGAGCUGACCCCCGUCAUCAACCGAGGCUUGUCCCUGCAUAAGCUGAUCCGUCUGAUCACACAUGGUCUGGGAGGUGAGGGCUACCUGAACUUCGAAGGCAACGAGUUCGGCCACCCUGAAUGGCUCGACUUCCCCCGUGAAGGCAACAACAACAGCUUCCACUACGCCCGCCGCCAGUUCAACCUUCCAGAUGACGAGCUCCUCCGCUACAGGUUUCUCAACGAAUUCGACAGCAAGAUGCAAUGGACAGAGGAGAAGUACGGAUGGCUCCAUUCGCCUCAAGCCUACGUCAGUCUUAAACACGAGGGCGACAAGGUCAUUGUAUUUGAGCGUGCUGGACUGCUGUGGAUCUUUAACUUCCAUCCUCAGGAGAGCUUCACUGAUUACCGUGUUGGUGUUGAGCAGGAAGGUACCUAUCGUAUUGUUCUGAGUACCGACAACAAGGCUUUUGGUGGACAUGGCAACGUUGACGAGACUACGAGGUUCUUCACCACGCCAUUUGCGUGGAACGAGAGGAAGAACUUCUUGCAGGUGUACAUUCCUAGCAGGACUGCUAUCGUGCUUGCGCUCGAGAGCACUUUGUGA